GGUGAAGCACCCGCUUAUCAUUCUUCGCAGUACACGUUCCUCGUCGACGACGCUGUCAAAUGAUACCUGUGUUUUAGAAUGAAUCUUUCGCUUCAGUAAACUCGAAUAAAUAACCCUUCAAUUCGACAUGAUGUGGCCAAGACACUUCCAUAAUGCCCUCCAUAUCUCUCAAGAAGAGUAUUUCGAGCUUUGUUGAUAGAAUCAGUAGUGACAGGACGAGGUUGAUUCCGAUGGAUAUAGAGAGUAAGACAUAUGUCGAAGCGGUGGAGCUCUUUAACAGAGGCUGGCGUCAUCACGAUAAACCCUUGCCCCAAGUCUACGAUGUAGUGCAGGUCGUCUUUCCUGAAACUAUCUUCAAGCCAUACCUGGAUUACAGGGAGCAAGUAAAGCGUGCGCUCCGCUCUCGUCCAAAGCUUCGCUUGGAGCGUUUUCUUUUCCACGGCACCUACAGAGCGUGCUUGCUGGGGGAAGGCACGAAGAAUGCGCGAUUGUGCUCUCUUGAUGAGUGUUCCAUGUGCUCCAUUCUCAGGUCCUCGUUUGACUUGAGUAAGUGUGGCUCACGAAACACGUUUAAGAGAUUUGGAGAUGGAAUCUAUACAACCACUUGUUCUUCCAAAGCGGACGACUACGUCGAGAAUACCUCAGGGGACGCGCAUCUCCGUGUUUUAAUCAUUUGUCGCGUGGUCGUUGGGAACACAUUCAGACAUUACGUGAACGCACCACAGUAUGUGAAGCCUCCAUCCGGGUAUCAUUCCGUCACAGGCGAACCCGGCUGGGAUCUCAACUAUCAAGAAACUGUCUGCUAUCGAGAGGAUGCCAUCCGGCCUGCAUUCAUCAUCGUGUACGGCGACAAGCCGAAACUUCCCGUUGACGAACAACUCGGGAGCCCAUAUGAGCUCGUCGCUCGCCCAAGUUUGAGGGCGCGCACUGCCUUCGACACCGUGCCCAUCACCGGCGAACACGCUGGACAACGCCCUCCUAAGCUUUCCGAGCGUCCUCAAGGCGGCCACGCCGACAAACACGUUUUGCCAACAUCUAAGCGAGCUGAGCCGAGCGAGCAGGAUGCCCCAGGUUUCACCCCCAAUUUAAAGCCAGAGGCCCAUCCCUAA